UCGUCAACUUGCCACCUCGCCGCACAGCACACGUAGUAGUACUAUGGACCGACACGGCCUCGGGCGACUCGGCUGCACGGGCUGCGAAACCUCGGUGUCGCUCAAAACCAUCUUUCAGCGCAACAACAAGGACAAGAAGAAGAACAUUCGGUGCUUCCCGCACUGCUGCGACGGCCGCGGCGGCCACAAGAGCGCGGGCUUUUGCGGCUCGAGCGUCUUUGCGACGACGCACGUGGCUUGUGACGGGGCCAUUUGCCGCUUCGAGAGCUCGACGCUCGACGAAAAUCAGCGCUUCGUCGUCGGCCGCCAGUAUGCGAGCGUGGACGUCACGUCCGAGUUUCCGGUCGUCGAGACGGGAAACACGCGCGCCGGGCGCCGCUUCGUCGUCAACCCGGACGUCAACAAGCGCGGCUGGUCGUACGCGUACGACAGCCGCAUCGAGAAGAACCGCCGCCACCGCAUGAGCGUCUACUUCUUCGCCGCCGGCGUCUGCGUCGACGUACUGCACUCGACGUGGUUUGAGCUCCGGUCGACGCGCAUGCCGAAGCACAAGGCGGCACACUUGAUGCAUCCUCUUGCGUCACCGCGCAGUCCCCAGCGCAUUGCGAGCUACCGACGACGACCGAUGCCGCCGCUGCCCGGCAUGUACCAGCACCACCAGCAUCAUCAUCAUUAUCACCAACCUCUCGGCACGCGGAAGCGCAGUUUCGACGACCUCAACUACUAUUACCCGCGCGACGACACGGUCAUGUAUCGUUCGCCGCGUCAAACCCCGUCGCCUUACUCGGACAGCGUGCAGUACGUCAAGCGGCGUCAGCCCGAGAUCGCGCUCUCGAGCGCGGAGGCGGCGGCAACCGAAGCCGCCAAGUGGUCCGUGUUCACACCCAAGUGGACCAUCUUGCCGCCGCUCGUGGCGCGAUGA